UUGUCCGCCGCCGAGGUGAGGCGGUUGCCGAGGCGGUGAGGCCGUCGCUGCCGCCGACGCCGCGGACGGGGAGGGUCGGGAGAGCGAGCGGCAGGACGCGUCGCCUGCCAUCGGGGCCAGCGCGGCGCCAGGGCGGGUCCCGCACCCGCCCUUUCCGCCCUGGCUUCGCGCCCCCGUUUCCCUUGGUUCUGCCACCCUCCCGCCUGCCGCCUCCGGGCUCGCGGCAGCGCUGGGCCGGCUGGGCGGGCCCGGGGGAAACCCUGCACGUCCGGCCUGGCGCCGGGUCGCGGCCGCUGGCCCGGCACGCCUUUGUCUCCCCCGCCGCGCGCGAGGAUCCCAGGUGCACCGCCGGGCCGAACCUUGGAGCGGAACAAAAGCCGGACGCCCCCGGCCGAGCGGUCCCGAGUUUGCUAAGUCGCUUGCCGAGAGCGGCGGGGACCGGCUCGCAGGGGUGGGAGGCCGGGAGCCGCGGACCAGGUUGGUACUGCAUUUGCAUUCCGUGAAUCACCCGAAUCCUGUGCACCUGGGCAGGCACCUGGUCACUUGAUCUUGUGAGAUGGCAGCCAUCAACCCGUGGGCCUCGUGGGGUGUCCUUACAGACCAGUCCUGGGGAAUGGCGGCUGUUGACCCAUGGGCCUCCUGGGCUCUAUGUCCUCAGGACUCCACCUGGCAUGUGGAAGAGAACCCCGAGGAGGAGAGGAGGGCCACUGGGCUUCCAACAGCCCAGAUCCAGGAACCAGUGACCUUCAAGGAUGUGGCGGUGGACUUCACCCAAGAGGAGUGGGGGCGGCUGGACCCUGUUCAGAGGACCCUGUACCGCGAUGUGAUGCUGGAGACCUAUCGGCAUCUGCUCUCUGUGGGGAAUCAGAUUGCCAAGCCGGAGGUCAUCUCUCUGUUGGAGCAAGGAGAGGAGCCAUGGUCAGUGGAACAAGCAUAUCCUCAAAGCACUUGUCCAGAGUGGAUGAGAAAUCUUGAAAGCAAAGCAUUGAUCCCAACACAAAGCAUUUUUGAGGAAGAACAAUCCCAUAGCAUGAAGUUGGAAAGAUACAUAUGGGAUGAUCCUUGGUUCUCCAGGUUAGAAGUCUUGGGAUGUAAAGACCAAUUAGAAAUGUAUCACAUGAACCAGAGUACAGCUAUGAGGCAAAUGGUCUUCAUGCAAAAGCAAGUGCUGUCUCAAAGAGGUUCUGAAUUCUGUGAACUUGGAGCGGAGUAUAGCCAGAACUUAAACUUAGUUCCGUCUCAGAGAGUUUCUCAAAUAGAACAUUUCUAUAAGCCUGAUACAAAUGCUGAAAGCUGGCGGUGUAACUCAGCCAUAAUGUAUGCAGAUAAGAUUACCUGUGGAAAUCAUGAUUAUGACAAAGCCUUGCACCAGUCUGUACAACCUAUUCAGCAUGAAAGGGUGCAAACUGGAGAGAAUCUUCUCAAAUGUACUGAUGCUGUUAAAUCUUUCAAUCAUAUACUACAUUUUGGUGAUCAUAAGGGAAUGCAUACAGGAGAAAAACUCUAUGAAUAUAAGGAAUGCCAUCAAAUCUUUAACCAGAACCCAUCAUUUAAUGAACAUCCACGACUUCAUAUUGGAGAAAACCAGUAUGAUUACAAAGAAUAUGAGAAUAUCUUUUAUUUCUCAUCAUUUAUGGAGCAUCAAAAAAUUGGUACUGUAGAGAAAGCGUGUAAAUACAAUGAAUGGGAGAAAGUCUUCGGGUAUGACUCAUUCCUUACUCAACAUACAAGCACUUACACCUCAGAGAAACCCUAUGAAUAUAAUGAAUGUGGGACAUCUUUCAUUUGGAGUUCUUACCUUAUCCAGCAUAAGAAAACUCAUACUGGAGAGAAACCCUAUGAAUGUGAUAAAUGUGGAAAAGUGUUUAGGAAUCGUUCAGCCCUUACUAAACAUGAACGGACUCACACUGGAAUAAAGCCCUACGAAUGUAAUAAAUGUGGAAAAGCCUUCAGCUGGAAUUCUCAUCUAAUUGUACAUAAAAGAAUUCAUACAGGAGAGAAACCUUAUGUAUGUAACGAAUGUGGGAAAUCUUUCAACUGGAACUCACAUCUUAUUGGACAUCAGAGAACUCAUACUGGAGAGAAACCUUUUGAAUGUACUGAAUGUGGGAAAUCUUUCAGCUGGAGCUCCCAUCUUAUUGCGCAUAUGAGAAUGCAUACUGGAGAGAAGCCCUUUAAAUGUGAUGAAUGUGAAAAAGCUUUCAGGGAUUACUCAGCGCUUAGUAAACAUGAAAGAACUCACUCUGGAGCAAAACCAUAUAAAUGUACAGAAUGUGGAAAAUCCUUCAGCUGGAGCUCACAUCUCAUUGCCCAUCAGAGAACUCACACAGGAGAGAAACCGUAUAACUGUCAGGAAUGUGGCAAAGCAUUCAGAGAACGCUCAGCCCUCACUAAACAUGAAAUAAUUCAUUCUGGAAUCAAGCCUUAUGAAUGUAAUAAAUGUGGAAAAUCCUGCAGUCAGAUGGCUCACCUUGUUAGACAUCAAAGGACUCAUACUGGAGAAAAGCCCUAUGAGUGUAAUAAAUGUGGAAAAUCCUUCAGCCAGAGCUGUCACCUUGUUGCUCAUCGGAGAAUUCACACUGGUGAAAAACCUUAUAAAUGUAAUCAAUGUGAAAGAUCCUUUAACUGUAGCUCUCACCUUAUUGCACACCGGAGAACUCAUACUGGAGAGAAACCAUAUAGAUGUAAUGAAUGUGGGAAAGCAUUUAAUGAGAGUUCUUCCCUCAUUGUACAUCUAAGAAACCAUACUGGAGAAAAACCCUACAAAUGUAAUCAUUGUGAGAAAGCUUUCUGUAAGAAUUCUUCUCUUAUUAUUCAUCAGAGAAUGCACAGUGGAGAGAAACGCUUUAUAUGCAAUGACUGUGGAAAAGCCUUUAGUGGUCACUCAGCCCUACUUCAACAUCAGAGAAAUCAUAGUGAAGAGAAACUGUGAAUUGAAUUGAUAGAUUUUUCUUUUAUUGUACAUUUGGCAACACAUUGAAAAAGAAAAAAAAGUAUAAAUCAAGAGGGGAAAUUCUUUAGUAAGAAUUCAGGAAGACUUAUUAUUCAAUAGAAAAUAUCUUCUUAGAAGAAACCUAUGAAUGAAAAGACUGGAAAAAGCUUUCAGCAGUUAUGUAGCCUUUAUUUAACAUCAGAUAAUUACAGUGAUGAAAACUCCAAAGUCCUCUAAUGGUCCACCAGGAAUCCUACUUAAGGAACAUGAAUGGAGGGAAUGAGACUUCUUUUCUAGGGAGAUCUCAACUAUUUGUGGAUCAAAGUGCAUUGUUAAGGGGAAAACCUUAUUCUGGGAAGUUUUUCAACUGAAAAUACACUUUUGCAUCAGGCUGGAAUGCUAGAUGGGAAGCUUUAUAGUAACAUCUUGUUCAUAAUUGUGGAAAUGCAGAUUUUGCUGUUAUAAAGGGAGGAUGUGGGUGCCCUUUAAGGAACAGAAUAUGAAAUACUAAAUCUGAAUUUAAGAAAAAAAUAGUAUUGAAUGGGAUAUUUACUGUUGGUCAAGAUUAACCUUAGAAAAGAUUAGUAAAUGAGAUUACUAAUGGUGGAAAGAUUGUUACCUAGAAGUAUGAGACUGAUCAAGAGGUGACAGUUUAUGACCCAGUGUGUCAGUGUCCAUGGUUACUCAUGAUUGCAUCGUUGGACAAUUCAUUUGUAAUUUGUUUUAGGCAAUCACUGUAAGUUAUAAUUGUGGACACCGCAUCAAUAUACAAAAUGUUACGGAAUAAAAAGGACACAAAAUUGUACAUACAUAUCUAUUAUAACAUCUAAAAAAUGUAUACAGAUAAAGACUGGAAGGACCCAUGGAGAAAUUAACCUGGUUAAUUUAAGAUUUUUUAAAAAUUUUACAAACAUACAGCACUUAUCAUGUGCUAGACUUUGUUUUAAAUGCUUUUCAAAUAUUGUUCAGUCUCCUUAAUUCUAUGAGAUAGGUGUCUUUAUUAUUCCAGUUUUGUAAAUGGAGAAACUGGGGCAGAGAUGUUGAGAAACCUACCUAAGGACACACAGCUAUUAAGAAAUGGAACUGAGAUUGUUUGGCUCCAGAGUCAUGUUUUUAACUACUAUGUUAUGCUGCCUCUCCAGUGAUUUUUUUUCCCUAAUUUUUUUCUUUUGUUCAGUUUUCUAUAGUAGAUAUUUAAUAAUAAAAAUCCAGAAAGCCCAAAACAAUGAGAAAUAAAGUUACCUGGCUCUCUGUCCUGAAUGAUUUCUGGUAACAUGAGAGCUAAAUUCCCUUUGGAAUAUGAAAUCUGGAUUGGACAUUCAGAAUCACUGCAUUUUCUGGGACCUGGGUUCCCUAGGAUUUCACUACCCAUAACCUUGAGGAUUACAGCACAACAAAUGGCUGGAAGACUCACCGGAGGUUUGGGCAAUGCUGAGGAAGGCCCCUUGAUGGGUUUAGAAUGGCCCUCAUGGGACAGACAGCAAGAGACACCACUGCACAUGGGAGCAAUAUUUCUCAAGGUCUCCCUCAAAUUCAGUGUUUAUGUUUUCUUCUCUAGCUGAGAAGAUUGCUUGAUAGUAGGGGGGCUUCAAAGGGAAGGGAGCUCACCACUUCAUCAGAGUGAAGAAGUCUCUCUUUUCCUAGUGGAAAGGAGCGAAGAUGGAUGAGAGGAUUUAGGUGACUUCUCUCCAGUUCACAAAUAUUUCCUGUAUUUCCCUAAAGUAGGGCUAUAAUUAGAGGCCGACAAUUCUUGGAUAGGUUUCAAGGGUAUGGGUUAGAAAUCUAGGAUACAAAAGGUUCAUCUAGUUCUUGCAGGGCCCAUGACUUCCCAUUGUCUGAGAAAGCGGCCGACUGGUGUGGGGCGGCUGUGUUCACCAUAUCCUGUAGCUGGAACUCACGUAGGUAUGUGACAUCUGAUUCCCUACCUUUCAGGGCUUAAUGCAUAGUGGUCACCCAAUAAAUGUUGCAGGAGUAAAUUACUGAA